AGCGCCCCUGGCUGUGGGAGGGAUCUGUUGAAAACUAGUUUGGGGCUGAAGUGUUGUGUUCGCUGUCAUGGAGCCUGUGAGGAGGAAGCACCAUCUUGGAUCCGUGUGGCGCUGCGUCUUUCUGCUGAGUCUCCUCCUGAAGUUCGGUCUGACUGGAGACUGCCCUGCAGAUGGACGCACCUGGGUGCCCUUUCAAGACAGAUGUUACCACUUUGUUCACGGAGAGGAGGACAAAAUCAAAAGCUACACAUUUGAGAGAGCAAAAUCCCUCUGCCAAGGUUUCGAGCUUCUGACCAUACAGAGUGCAGAGGAGAAUAACUUUGUCAUUAAAUAUAGCCCAGAGGUGUGGAAAGGCAAUGUCAACGUGUGGCUGGGAAUGUUUUAUGACACAAGCAGUGAGGACAUGAGGUGGUUCGGCGAGGACCCCGUGGGAUUCGCUAACUGGGAGGACAGCUCGUCUCCGUCAGACCUCAUGCCCUUGGACACGUGCGUGACCCUGCACAGCAACACAGGAAAGUGGGAAAAUGUCAGCUGCCAGGAUGAAGUGGAGAACGGCGUGAUCUGUGAGAUUGUUCAGAAAGCAGAGGAAGCCAAGCAGAAACCCAGCGCGCUGCUGUCGGCCCUGGUCGUUCUCAGCGUAAUGGCCAUCAUGGGAAUCUCAGCGGUUAUUUGGUUCCUGAGCCAAAAGCACAAUCUUGGCUCCACCAUCUUCACGGCAUUCGAGUACCACCCUCCGUUCCGAGUCCUGGAGACAGACCAGUCCUGCCUGGUGGAGGCUGAGGAGACCGACAGUGUGCCGUAGAAGAACACACCCCCAGCCUUAUCAAUGGGUGGGUGUUCACACGAAGAGAAGUCCACUCUUACAACAGUGACUGAGGCUAGAUCCACACUGAUAAGUUUUAGUUGUAAAAAAGAAUGAAAAUCUCCGUCCAGACUAAUGAUUUAGCUCAGAAUCAGAAAUAAUCUCCAUCCACAUUGAGACCAGAAAAUACAUAUCACAUGACCAUUGAUGUACACUGGGCAUGUGCGUGCCAGUGUAAACAGGAAUCAGAUUGUAGACUCUGCAGUUUGGUUGCUUAAUUGCAGAAAAUAUUUUUGAACGUGAAGCAGCAAUGAUGAAAUUACAGGGAAUAUCUUGUCUUGACUUAUAUGAGUACAUGCAGUUUGUUUUUCCAAACAUUUCUGUUUCUGCCCGUCCAUACUAAAACACAGCCCUGGAGUUUUCAAACUAAAACGGGGCCAGCAGUGUUUUCAAACUUCUCCGUUUUAGGCACUUGAAAACACCGGAGUCAUGUGGUCACCAGGCGUACACGCAGCAGCGGUGCAUUUUUAAAACUAAAACGUUGUGGUGUGGAUGAAGCCUGAGACACUUUUUGGGGGGGGGGGGGGGUCGUUACUGUCUGUGUCACAUCUGAAUAAUUUAGUGUGAUUGUGAUAAAACUGACCUGGAUACUUUUGAUACUAACCUCUUCACUGUGGGACGUUAAUAUGUCACUAUGUCUGCUUUUUAUGUCGUCUGCCCUGACACUCGCUAGAACCAGAUGUUCAUUUCUUCAGAUUGAUGCAUCUUAAUCAACAGCUGUAGCUGAAAGUUCACAUCACCCGUCACGCUAGUUAACGUCAAGCGCUACAUUGCCUGUGGAAGAGAACUUGUUGCUGAUUAAGGAGAGGAAUGGAUAAAUGUAAGAGCCAAGCGUUUAUACUUUUUGUGAGUGGAAAUUUUCUGUAUAUAUAUAUUUUCCAUAUAUAGUAUUAUCUUCAGAUUAAAUUGGGAGAUUUACAAAAGAAUCAAUGGGAUAUUCUGACUCAUAUUCCUCAGUAUUGAUUGAAAAAUGCUGUACUCUUCUGAACAUUAGCAUGUUUUCUCUUUUAUAAAUGUUGUUGACUUUAA